GGCGAUGCUGGAGCGCUCCGGGCUCGGGGGUGCCCGUGCUGGCCGGGGCGGGGGGCGGGGGGCGCAUGGCGUCCUCCCGCCGCCUCCUGCUCAGCACCAUGAAGCAGAUCUGCCUUUGUGCCGCCGCCUCCUUCGCGAGCCAGGACUGGACCAAGAACGACGAGAAGCUGCUGCAGGCCGUGGACUACAACGAUGCCGGGCGGGUCACGUCGCUCCUGCUCCGCAAGGGCCUGGUGCCCACCAAGCUGGACUCGGAGGGCAAAUCCGCGUUCCACCUGGCUGCCAUGCGGGGCAACGUGGACUGCCUGGAAGCAAUGCUGGCCCACGGCGUGGAUGCCAUGACCAAGGACAGCUCGGGUUACACUGCCCUGCACUUGGCCUCCAAGCACGGGCACCCUCAGUGUGUCAGCAAACUGCUGCAGGCCUCCUGCCCCGUGGACGUGGCUGAUGGCAGUGGCCGGACAGCGCUGCACCUGGCGGCUGCCAGCGGCUGCAUCUCCUGCUCCGAGAUCCUCUGUGACUUCAAGGCUCCCUUGAACAGCAAGGACAAGGACGGCUCCACGCCGCUGAUCCUGGCUGCCAAGAUGAGCCACUCGGAGCUGUGCCGGUACCUGCUGCACCGCGGGGCCGCCGUCAACUGCCGGGACCUGCAGGGCAGGACAGCCCUGAUGCUGGCCUGCGAGAGCGGCAGCGUGGACACCGUGGAGGUGCUGGUCAGCGCCGGUGCCCGCGUGGGCGUGGUGGACGCCACCGGCCACGAUGCUGCUCACUACGGGCUGGCCACGGGCAAUGCCCUCAUCCAGCACCUGCUGCAGGAGGCGGCCCAGCGCCGCUCCUGGGCCAGCGAAGAGGAGUCAACUGAGCAGGCAUCACAGACGUCUUCGCCCAGCCAGUCAUCUGUCAGGGAGAAGAGCAGCACCCCGAGGAAGAGGAAGGCCCCUCUGCCUCCCCUGGGCACGCCCAGCCAGGAGGACCGGGAUGCCUACGAGGAGAUCGUGCGGCUGCGGCAGGAGAGGGCCCAGUUCCUGCAGAAGAUCCGGGGCUUGGAGCAGCAGGAGAAGCAGAGACGGGAGCGGGCAGAGCUGGAUGAGGCCUCCCUGCGCUCCAUGGAGAAACAGAUCCAGGAGCUGCAGGAGCGGCUGGUGGCACGGGACGGGGAGAAGGAGAAGCUGGGCAAGGAGGUGGAGGCUCUGCGGAGCCGCCUAUCCUCGAUGGAGAAUGAGAAGGAGAACACGAGCUAUGACAUUGAGACGCUGCAGGACGAGGAGGGAGACCCGCUUGAGUUCCCAGGAGCGGAGAUGCUGCUCUCCAAGAAGACACUGAGCCCCUCAGCUGAGGAACUGCUGGCCACGCUCCAAGGGCAGGUGCAGUCCCUGACCGUGCAGAACAAGGAGCUGAGGGAGAAAAUCCAGGUGCUGGAGAACUACGAGCGGGACGAGAGCAGCCCCCCUGCCCCGGGGGACGUGGUGCCCGCCAGUCUGUACCAGGCUCUGCAGAGGCAGCUGGAGCAACUGCGGGCGCAGGGCAGGGAGGCCACGGCGCGGGCCGGAGGGGACGGGCAGCGCGCGGCCUCGGAGCCCGGCCCGGAGGGAACCGCGGGGCCGCGUCCCGCCGAGGAGCCGGCCUGGGCCUGGGGCGAGUGCAAGGCGGCGCUGGGCGAGCUGGGGGUGCAGACAUCCUCCUCCUCCUCACCCUCCGGCGAGCGGGAGCCGGGCGCGGAGUUGGCGGAGGCGCGGGCGGCCCUGAAGCGGGCACAGACCGAGCUGGAGGAGCGGGAGCGGCGGCUGAAGGAGCUGCAGGCCCGGCUGGAGGCUGCGGAGGCCGCGGCCUCGGCGGGAGCCUCUGCGGAGGAGGCGUCGCGGGAGAAGGAAGCGCUGCUGGAGCGCUGCGGGCGCGCCGAGGCCGAGGCGGAGGCGCUGCGGCGGGAGCUGGAGGCGAGGCCGCGGGACGCGCCGAGAGCUCCGGAGCCGGCGCGGCAGCAGGCGCAGGCCGAGGCGCAGCUGGCAGAGCUCCGGGCCGCGCUGGCGCGCAGGGAGGCCGAGCUGGGCGCGCUGAGGGAUCGGCUGCGGCAGCACGAGGAGGAGGCCCCGGCGUGGCCGCAGCGGGCGCGGCAGGCGCGGGCCCUGCGGGAGCGCCUGGCGCAGCUGGAGGCCACGGCCGACGCCAAGGCCCGCGAGGCCGCCCAGCUGCAGGCGGAGCUGGCGGCGGCCGUGCCGCGGGCACAGCACGAGGCGGCCGAGGCCGGGCUGCGGGCGGAGGCGGCGGCGCUGGCGCAGCGGCUGCGGGAGCUGGAGCGGCGGCACGAGAAGACGUGCGAGGAGGUGUUCCGCGUGCAGCGGCAGGCGCUGUUCAUGAAGAGCGAGCGGCAGGCGGCCGAGGACAGGCUGGGCGCCGCGCAGAAGCAGCUGGAGCAGGCCCAGGAUGAGGCGCGGCGGCUGCGGGAGCUCCACGGCCACGCCGAGGACGCGGCACGGCUGGUCAGGGACAGGGACAGGAAGAUCACGGAGCUCUCCAAAGAGGUUUUCAGGCUGAAGGAAGCCCUGAACGCCCUCCCUGAGUCGGGGGGGCCCCCCCAAUCCCCGCCCAACACGGCCGCGCUCCAGGCGCGGAUCCGGGUGCUGGAGGAGAAGCUGGAGGAGACAGAGACGAGGCACAGCAAGGUGGUGACACUCUACCGGAGCCACCUGCUCUAUGCUGUGCAGGGCCACAUGGACGAGGACGUGCAGAGACUCCUGUGCCAGAUCCUGAGGAUGCAGCGGCUUCAGGAGCAGGGCAGAUGAGCCCCUGCCAGCACAGGUGGCACAGGGACGGGGGGACAGGUCUGUCACAGCACCCUGUGUGUCCCUUUGCUUGUCUGGGCACCCAGCCCACCCCCAGCACAGCAGCAAUAAAGUUAUUUAUAGUCA